AUGUUUGUUGAAUGUGGCUCAGAUUUUGAUGUAGGCCCUCACGAUGUAAGUGUUGAUAUUAUGUCCAGCAUGGCUAGUACUCGAUCCGGUCGAACUCGAGGUCCCCCUUCUGGUACUGGAACAGCUUCCAUGUACUCAACCAGAGCUAAACGUUCAGGCCGAGUCCUUGCAUCACCUACCAGGAAGUCCACCUUGACCAAAGCGCGCUCAACCAAAACUACCAUGACUAAAUCAAAUUAUUCUACAAACCAAGCAAAUGAACUAUCAAUCAACGAGUUCUUACCUUCAACCUCCAACAACCAGCCAACUCCUAACCCCCCCGUUUUACGGUCUCCAACGUUGGCUGAGCCUUCUGCUGCUCUGCCACAGUCUCAAACUUCAUUUGAUAUCUCUCAAAUCAAUGCAACUAUAUCUCAAACCAAUGCCACUUUGUCACCACCCAUUCACAAUGCUUGCAGCAUACCUUCAGACUCCAACAACCAGCUAACUACUAACCCUUCCAUUUUACGGUCUCCAAACUCGGCUGAGGCUUCUGUAGCCCGCUCACAGCCACAAACUUCAACUGAUAUCUCUCAAAUCAAUACAACUAUAUCUCAAACCAAAGCAACUUUGUCACGACCCAUUCGCAAGGUUUGGAUCACCAACCGGCCUAGAAACAAUGGACCUGCAGAAUCCAGCGACGAAGAGCUUGGCGACUUAUUCAACCCGGGUGCUAUGUCUGAUUCAGAUCUGUCUCUAGAAGAAGACUCGAGACCUUCUAAACGCCAACUUUCCCAAAGGAACACUGAUCAAGCACCACCGGCCUCUAAACGUUCUCGCCGAGUGCCUCAAAACAAAUCUCAAGCUCAACUUCAAGGUGUUGAUUCUCAAGAUAUCGAUACUCAAGAUAUCAGUUCAUCUAUCAACAGGAAUGCACCUCUUCCUCAAAGCUCAUCAAGCUCACGUGCUACCGACCUUCCAACACUAUUGAAUUAUCAGGCGGUGUGUAAUGAGUGGUCGAUGACCAGGAUUUCAGCAGUCAAGCGGACUAGCUCAGCUGUGCCACAAAAUAUCCAAGAAGAGGCUAAAGCGCUCAAACAGCUGUAUCAUCAUCACAAAGAGAUGCUCGCGAUGAUGGGAAAUGUCACCUUGUUUACAUUGGACAAAGCGAUGUAUGUUCUUUCAUUCAUAGUCAUACUAUUUCACAACAUUCUUAAGAUUGAUCCAAUCUUAAUCCGCUUCAGAGGCGAUCUAGGUUCAUCCCGAGGUCAAGGUCAGGAUGGCUAUCGCCUUUGGAUGAGCUAUUCAAAGAUGGCCAAUAAGGAAUAUAGAUCAUCAAAGUCGUCGACUGAAAAAGAAAAGCGCCAACAGCCAGCAGAUGUCAUAAAAACCGACCUCACCAAAGCCCUUUGGGCAGAUCUAAAGGAAGCACUUGGAUAUUCUCCAGGAAAAGGUUUCCCGCGCAAACCGAACCCGGGAGAAUGUCUUAAAGCUAGAGGUUUUCCGGUCAAUAUCGUCCAACUCGAUGGAAGCAGCCUGAAGCCUGAAGAUCUUGCCUUGGGUGUUGACAAGAUGCCAAGCAGCAAGAGAUCACUGUGGCUGAACGACGUGAAAGCAGGUUUAUUCAAACUAGUAAAUGACUCAGCCGUGGCAAACAGCAGCAACAAUAUUAAUGAUUUGAAUGAUGGUGGCUCAAAUCCGCAAGAUAUUGAAGACGACAAAGAGCCAUGGGGAGUUAUCUCUGGCUUAGACGACAAUUGUGAUCAUAGAGUUGAUGAUAUGUAUAUCGGUAUGGGUGUGGAUGAAGACAAUACCAACCUCGGUAUGGGUCUGGAGGACGACGACCUACCUGAUGAUGAUGAUUUUUAG